AUGAAACUUUCAAAAAUAUCGCUCUUAACAUCUGCUUUGGCCUCGACCGCUCUCGCUGCUCCCGCCGUUGUCACUGUCACUGAACACGCCCAUGCUGCUGCUGUGGUGACUGUGCAAGGCGUGGUCUACGUUAAAAACGGCCAGACUCUCACCACUUACGAAACGUUGGGCGCUGCUUCUGCUACUGCCAACCCAACCUCCACCGCCACAGCUUUAGUUGCUCCUCCUAUCGCUUCUGCUUCCAGCGAUUCUAAAGCAGCUUCGUCUGUUUUGCAGAACUUUGCCCAGGUUAAAAGCAAGUCUACAAGCUCAACCACCUCGUUGGCAUCACCUUCAUCGCAAGCAAAAGCCACCAGCACUUCUACACCAGCUACAACCAUGUCCACUUCCCAAACCGCUGCCACCACCUCUGCCUCUACUUCAAAUGACAACUUAUCAGAUUUUGCCUCAUCCGUCUUGGCUGAACACAACAAGAAGAGAGCUUUGCAAAAGGACACYCCAGCCUUAACAUGGUCUGAUACAUUGGCUACUUACGCUCAAGAUUAUGCCGACAACUACGACUGUUCAGGUACUUUAACUCAUUCCGGUGGCUCAUAUGGUGAAAACUUGGCCCUGGGUUACGAUGGUCCAGGCGCCGUUGAUGCUUGGUAUAACGAGAUCUCCGACUAUGAUUUCUCGAACCCAGGUUUCUCGGGCAACACUGGUCAUUUCACCCAAGUCGUCUGGAAGUCUACCACACAAGUCGGUUGUGGGAUCAAGACCUGUGGUGGUGCAUGGGGUGACUACGUCAUCUGUAGUUACAACCCUGCAGGCAACUACGAAGGCGAAUACGCUGAAAAUGUCGAACCCUUGGCUUAG